UGCAGGGUGUGGGAGCCGGGAAAACCCGACGGGGAGGCGGGGGAGCACAAAGAGGGAAAAGGGAAUCGGAGGGCCGAGAGCAGGAAGCGCGCUGGGCUGGGUAGCCAGGGAGAAACUGGGAACCGAGAAGCCGAAUUUGGGGAGCCGAGGAGGGGGCUUCGUGGGCCUGGGGAGCAUAGGUGGGAGGAAAGGAGUGGGGCCUGGGUGUGGGGUACAGUCCCAGGCACGGCCCUGGCCAGGAAACCAGCAUUUGGUUGGUUUCCAAACGUGAACCAGCACGUUCGUCGUAUGGGGGACUACAGACCCGACUAACUGUAGGGUCUGCCCGGAGCUAACUAGGUGGCUGCCCGGGCUCUAGCUUUAGUCAACUCUCUGAGGACCGUGAGUGCAGCACGCAGCCGCCGCUACUGGAGCUGUGGGCGCUACUAGACACUGGCGUCCAGUACAUCCAGAACCCAGGGGACCAUGGGCACCUCCAGGCUGUACACCUUGGUGCUGGUGCUGCAGCCUCAGGGAGUUCUCCUAGGCAUGAAGAAACGAGGCUUCGGGGCUGGCCGGUGGAAUGGCUUCGGGGGCAAAGUACAUGAAGGAGAGACCAUUGAGGAUGGGGCCAAGAGGGAGCUGCUGGAGGAGAGUGGUCUGACUGUGGACACGCUGCUCAAGGUGGGCCACAUCAUGUUUGAGUUUGAGGGCAACCCUGAGCUGAUGGACGUGCACAUCUUCUGCACAGACAGUGUCCAGGGGACACCCAUGGAGAGCGAUGAAAUGUGCCCCCAAUGGUUCCCACUGGACCAAAUCCCCUUCAGCAACAUGUGGCCUGAUGACAGCUACUGGUUUCCACUCCUGCUCAAGAAGAAGAAGUUCCAUGGGUACUUCAAGUUCCAGGGUCAGGAUACCAUCCUGGAGUAUACACUAUGUGAGGUGGACACUAUCUAGCAGGAGGUCUGGGCCGGCCCCACCAGUGCAGCUGUCAAUUCAGUUGGACUCAAAGAGCCAUGCUUCAGAGGUGGGAUGUGAGUAGAUGGCAAGGAAAAUAAAGGUCUUGCCUCUGAAUUGUUCGCCAGGCACCGGCACAGCCAGCCAAGUGCUGUCCACGGUGGGCUGCCAGGCACACUGAGCUAACCUAUGCUGUUACACGGUGGGAAAGCAGGAGAGCAGGACUACUAGGGGAGGAUGGCAUUUCUGACCAUCCCCACAGUGACAGCUGGCAAAAGAAGGCUGCAUGUGUGCAUGCUCACCACUGUGGGGUAGAAGGCACAGCCUUUCACGCCUCCCCCAUUUGUAAAUCAAACUAAAGCACAAUCAAGGGCGCAGGAUUAAUACCAGGUCUAAUGAGUCACAGGCUAGUCCUCUCAACUACCCCAAGAGUCAAACCACAUGCUACACAACUUAGAACCUGACUUACUUCCAUACACAUUUAAUAACAGUUGUUCCCGUAAGUUUGAUUAAAAACUUCAGCAUGUAGACCAAGUGUCAACAAUUCCAGUUUAUUGGGUGUAGUAGUAAUUGAUUCCUGCAGCCUCAUAAAGUGCUUCAUAUAUAAGCUAACUCGCGCAAAGCAAGAGGAAAAAGCCUCAAAUACAGAAAGCAUUCCUGACUCAGUCCCACGCGUCUGCCAAACUACGCUGCCUCUUCAGCCCAGCAACAGGAGAAUCUUAGGAAAUGUUUACCUUUACCCCAUCUACGAAGCCACCCGUUUGCAGGCCUUCCUCAACUGCAGUAGGUGGUGUCCCCCACCAGGGUCCUGCCUGGCGACUCCCCACUAGGCCAGGCAGCAGGGUAACCAGAGAGACAUGUUUCUCCUGUGGUGGCACCCACAUCCAAGUGACAAAAAAGGAAAAUGGGCUCUGCACCCCCAGUUCACUUGCCCUGUCCUACAGGUAGGGCUCUGCCAGCUGACCUUUAAGAAGCAGCUGGGGGUAUCUCGGAGAGUCAGGACUACAGGAAAGGUGCCCACCUCCAUGAAAGCCUGGGAAGCAACCCCACAACUAUACUCCUCACCCCUCCCCUAACUCCUGCCCCUCCUCAGCCUCAUCCCUCCCCAGCCCUUCUCACGCCUCCUCGCUCAUCCCUCCUCGCUCACCCCUUGUCUCCACCCCUGCCUUCUUCCCCCUCACCCCUGCCCUUCACCCUCCUCACCUACACCUUUAUUCUCAGCCUCCAAAACACAACACAAGGACCUUCAGACCUUGCUCCUCAAGAAUUUCCACAACAAGGAGAGGUCACCAGGAAAGUAAUCUAACUUUCACUCACCAGGGAGUAAAGUUCUUUACAGGAAAGUUUAUUUGGAAGUCUGAGUGCUAAGACUCUCUUUCACGGCCUGAGUUAGGAGUGUGUGCUUUGUCUACCUGAAACACUAGCAAUGCCCACAGCUCUCCCCAUGGACUCCACAGUCCCACAGCUGGGCAGGACAGGGCAGAGGACACCUUACAGCCUUCUUCCUUCACAGGGCCAUACUUUAAGGCUCAAGCAUCACAGCAUCAGGCAGUGGCAGUCCUGUGAGAAGCAUAGCCUGCUCAGCUGACAAUUUGUUUCUACAGAAAGAGCAAAAAAGCAGGCACAGCCCUACCACCCAGAUACAGGUAGUAAGUCUCCAAACUUCCUCCCCACUAUCAGACUAAGCGCUCUGCCUUCUUCUUGUCUGGCCAGCAGAGAGCAACUGGCCCCGCAGCAGGAAGUCACAGACAGAACCCACACAGCAGAGGUGGACCCAAACCCCACAGUCACUUAAGUCACAGCACCAUGUCCUCCUAAAGGGCCUGAAGCAGCUACCUUGAUGUUCCCUCUAGAACUUACCAGAAAGGCUCACCUGUCUGUGGAUAGAGUGAGCCACCCUCUCUGUCCAAACACUGCAUGACGGUACACAGGCAGAAAGGAAGAGUCCUGCAUUAGAGUGAGAGGAAACCCCUGGAAGACCAACAAGUGUCACUAGAAGGAACUUCAGAAAUCCUGCAGUCCCAUUAAAGCCUCCUCCAGUGUCUCUCCCUGGCCAAUGACACCAGAGGCUCUAAAGGAGCUUGGCUCCCAGCCCCUAGAGGAAGGCCAUGUGUGCUUGCUACAAACAGAUUUGGAGAGUAACAUAUCUGGUCCUGAGGUGGGCAUUUGCAUCCCACAGAGCUCAGGAGAACAGUUCAUUCUUCAUCCCAAGAACAAAAAUGGCCCAAAGGAUGGCUGGCCCCCUCCAUGUGUGGGUGGCUACACUGACAAGUGUGUGAAGGGAGGUUGGGAUGGUUCUAAACACCCCAAAGAAGGAAAUCCAUUUAAAAAGAGGUCAGCCCCAGCAACACAGAUGCCCCUCUAAAGCCCCAGCUGAAAUAACCCAUUUCCCACACCCCUCACCUAUCUUCUGCUAUGUCCUUCUUACCUCAGUACCACACGGACCCCAACACUGACUGCCCAAAAGCAGGGAAUCCAUGCAAUGUAAGAACACAGCAUUUUCUAGCACACAGACAAGAGGAGCCUCAGACCAUGAGGCACACACGGUCAUAUGUCUGUGCAUGGAAGUGCACAGGGGUCCUCAGCCCCAGAGGUCAGUAUAAGACUAAGGUGCCAAGGCACUCACUGGAGCAUGUCCCCUCAAAAACCAGCACCAUGUACAUCCAGCGACUUCCGCAGCAGUAAGCAGCCACCUCACCCUCUCUGUCCACCCAAAGUACCUGUUCUGACUCCCAUGUCAAUGGUCAGCCACCACAUCCAGCCACAGGGCAGUGCUGUCCACCCUCUCCUUUGCUUGCUGACCCAGCCCCACAUCCCUGACUGUUCUAGAAACUGUAGCCCCUCAAAUGCCCCCAGGAAUUAUCUGCUGUGAGACAUCAUCCUUGCUUCUCCCUGAGCAGGGCAUGAGGAGAAAACCACUCCAGAGAAUCAAAGCACCUACACCCACGGGCUCCAAGCCAGACUCUGGCAGA